AAGCGGAAAUUUUCAAUUUGAAGGAAGUUGUGCAAAGUAUAGAAAAUAAUACAAAAGGCCUAACGUACAAAAAAAGAUGUCAAAAAAUUAGAAACAAUCGAGAAUGUUGAAGAGAAUUUUAUAAAAUUUAAAAAUUUGUGAACAGCAAGUGAACGGCACAUCAAAGCGGGCAUUUUCAAUUUGAAGGGAGUUGUGCAAAAGUAAUCCAGAGACACAAGAGGAGCAUAUAAAAAUGUCAAAAAAUUUAGAAACAAUCGAGAAUGUUGAAGAUAAUUUUAUAAAAUUGCAAGAUUUUGGUGAAAAUGUCCGCCAAGAAUACGAAAGGUUAUACAAUGAAAUGUGGACUGGCUUAAAGGAGUCCCACCUAGAACCAAUUGCAAAAACUCUAAUGGAAAGAGAGAAAAUCGUUCUCAAACAUCGUGAACAAAUCGUCCAAAGUGUACGCAAUAAUCUGCAGAAACAAAUGAUCAAUACAUUGAAUAAUUUUUGGCAUAAUGCUGGAGUCUCGGAGGCUUUAAUUUCAUUGGAAAUGUGUAAGGAGAAAUUCAAGUCCUAUGAGGGGCACAGUUGGAACUUGGAUAAUAAAACUCCACUGGAACGUACAUUGCCUAUACGAAUGCAGUUCAAGGAGAAACGUCUACGCUAUCUACAAGCUCAAUUGAAGUAUCAGCAAACGCAACUGGACGAAGUUAUGCAGGAGAAUAAGUCAUUACGUCAGCAAAUACAUGAAGUAAAAGACAAACGUGUAUAUUUAAUGGAGCUACUAGGCGACUAUCGCAAACAACUCGUAGUUGCCAAGCCAGAAAUUUUACGUUUACAAAUGAAAUUGUUGGGUAUUCCUGAAGAAGGAAAUGAGGAGAAUAUUCAGCCAAAUCAGAUUGUAGAAAGCUAAAUUCAUUAUUUAAUGUACGUUUUGUAAUUAAUCUUUUAAGUAUAUUUUUAAAUAAAUGCCUCGUUACAUGAA